ACUCAGCAAAAGCAGCCUAAAAUCACUGCCUCCGCGCGGCGCCACGCACGCCUGGACGUUUAGAACAGUCGUGGCUUGCACGCCGUCGCUGCGGAACACCAAAAAUCUCGCGCCGAGCACCCGCUGCUGCAAACCACAGCACCACUCCAGAGCCCAUUGGAAACAAGAGAGGCGAUGAUGGCCACGCCCCGGGCCCACGACGAGGAGCCCGUCGAGCUCGUCGCCAAGGGCACGCUCCAUAAAAAAAGAGGCGGUUUAGGGAGGCACACGUACGGCGUAAGGUCCUCGCCCUACGUCCGGCGGUACUUCGAGCUUACCAGCGACGGCGUUCUCAGUUAUUGGGAUGAACAUGAAAGACGGAAAGGGGGCGACCCGCGGAACAGCCUCAAUCUAUUAGCGUCGCGGGCCGUGUUAUCUGUUGUAGCAACAACAUCGGGCGGCGGCGCGCCGGCCGAAAGGGUUUUGGCCAUUGCGCACGAGCAAGGCGGCGCGAGAUGGAAGCUCGCGGCGGAUUCUGAUGAAGCGAGAGAUGCCUGGCGAAGAGCUCUGGAGCCCUACUGUCGGGCCUCGGCGCCGCGGCCCUCUGCUGACGUGAGAGCAGUGGUACCCGACCUCCCGCCCGACCUCACCGCGACGAGAAGGAAAGCACUUACGAGAUCGUCCGUGGCCAUGGGCGACCGGGGUUCGACGAUCGUCGCGCUGGCGGCGUUCUCGUUUGUAGUUUCUGUCAUUUCGGCAAUCGUGUGUAGUGGAGGCGCCUUCUCCGUGUCCGUGCUGGCUCUCGUGCACGGCUACGCUCUCGUCGUGCUCACAAGGCGAGGCGCUUUGGAUCCCCGACCCUGCACAUCCGUCGUAAAAGUCGCAGAAGACGAUAGCUUACCUCCCCUGCCAGAGGGCAUCGACACGGCGUCGGAGAAGAAGGGCCGGCCCGUCGCUGGCACGACUAUAGCUCGCUCUGAUUUUGAUAUCACUGGAGGCGGGCCGCCCGCGACGUGGAGUAGAGCUCCUGGUUCUACUUUUAGGGUCAGACAGGUCGGCUACAAGCACCACGGCAAGAAGGCCGUUUCUGCCGAAGCUUUUUACGAGUGCGUUUCUGUCGACUUAUUUGAUACUUCUUCGAGGGUCCCGUGCCUCGCCGACAAGGUAGAGUUGCCGGCACCCGAAAGAGUCUCGCCGGACUCGGACAUUCCCUCGCUCUUCAUCGUAGUGGCACACAUCCCCUCCGAGACGGGGCCCAUGUCGGUCGGGCCCGACGCGGACGGUUUCUUUGCUGUGUCCUUUCUUGAGUCGCCAUCGACGCGACGCCUGUCCUUUCGUGACCUCGCAUCGACGGCGUCUGCAUCGACGCGACACCUGCUCGAUCGCGGCGACGGCGUGGAGGCUCAACGAUCGCUCGCGUGGUGACGCCAUCGACGCGAGAGCCCGAUCGCGCCGACCGACGCUCACCGGCGGGGCGCCCGCGCAGGCCACGGCUACCAGAUGUGCAUCGCCUUUCAGCUCACGGAGCGGACGGUCCAAGACCUCGCUUCAAUGAAGCAAGGUGGUUCAUGUGAGCGGGAAGCGUCCCUCAAGCUCCUCAAGCGGUGGUGUUCCGUAGCUCCGGAGGAACCGUUCGCGGAACGCAAAGAAUUUGGGCGGUUUAAGGUACUGGCGCAAGUCCGGAAUAUUGAUGAUGUCUCCAUCCCGUCCUUCGCGAAGCGCUACAACGGCAAGCCCGCUCUUAUCAGAAAGACGGGCAUGCUCUACCGAUGUGGCCCGUCCGGAAGUUAUUUGAACAUGGACAUCAACGUCCAUGCUUUUGGUUAUAUGGCGCGGAGUGGUUUGCAGUCCAUCUUCCGGGACUUCCAGGACUUUAUUCUUUCGGUGGGGUUCACUGUUGAAUCGAGGUCAGACGAGGAGCUCCCAGAAUGUAUUUUGGGCUGCUUCGAUUUGAACCACGUCGACUACAAUGCUGCGGUGCCCUGGGAGUAA